UGCACUUUUGUGUGUUGCUGUCAUAGUCUAUCGCCUGCAUGGAAUAUUGUUGCAAUUAAGAGUGAUUGUGCUGCCUUAGUCACUAUGAGAGUGUUUAGUGUAGAAGAGAGAGAGAGAGAGUUGCAGUAUGAGCAUGUUUCCGUCGCCCUGCCCCGCCUCUAUUCGCCGUCUUCACCAGUCUCGCCAGCAGUGCUCUCGAGUUACACUUGGCGUGCGGUCGGUUACCAAGACGAUUACGGAUCACGAGGCUUCUCACUGUUCUCCCGCUUCUCCUCUCGCCGGAGUCUCGGGAAUGUCGAAUUCCAGGAAAGACUUUGACGUUAAACAGAUUUUGCGUAUCCGCUGGCGGUGGUUUGGUCACCCGACGUCUCCACCACCCGGGAGUCAGCCGUUGGAAGAUCUCUUGAGCCACCGUGGGACCGGGGGCACCUCGUCCAGCGAACACCACUCCCUCGGUGGCUGCGCUGGCGGUUCAGGCGCCGCUUCGGGAAGCGGCAACGUUGCCUCCAGUACUAACAACAGUCGAAAGUUCGGGGAUCCCGGUGUGCACGGCGGGCACGUCGCAGCGGGCGCCACCGCUUGUCCUCGCUCGAUAAGUCAGCAGGAGUGUAGAAACCCUCCGCCGCCGCCGUGGGCGUCCCCGUCACAUUCACGCUCCGUGCUGGAUGUAACGAGCGAGAACCCGGACCCCGGCGCCAGCGCCGCGGGACAGCAGCCCUCUGCUGUGCCCGGUGGCCCGGUGUCGGACACUACCGCGGGCGACGAGGAGAACAACAACAACAACAACGCGGAGUCUGAUUCUAGCUCUUGCAGGACCUCUAACAGCAGUGCGACGCUGUCCUCAUGCGUGUCCAUGGAGCCGUGCGUGCCAGAUGAACUCUUCCAGUCGCACUGCCACGCCGAGAACACGUUUAGGCGCAUGGAGACCUACCUCAGGACCCGCAAGCUGUGCGACGUUGUCCUGCUGGCCGGGGAGCGCCGAAUUCCCGCGCACAGGUUAGUCCUGUCGUCUGUGUCGGACUACUUCGCAGCCAUGUUCACUAGCGACGUGCGGGAGGCCAAGCAAGAGGAAGUCAAGAUGGAGGGGGUGGACCCAGACGCAUUGUGGGUCUUGGUGCAGUAUGCGUAUACAGGGCGUUUGGAGUUGCGAGAGGACACUAUUGAGAGCCUGCUGUCUGCCGCGUGUCUGCUGCAGCUGUCCGCCGUGGUGCAGGCGUGCUGCGCCUACCUCAUGAAGCAGCUGCACCCUUCCAACUGCCUGGGCAUCAGGUCCUUCGCCGAUGCCCAGGGCUGCCGGGAUCUACACAAAGUGGCGCACAACUACACCAUGGAGAACUUCCUGGGUGUCAUGAAGAAUCAGGAGUUCCUGCUCUUGCCAGCGUGUGAGGUAGAGAAGCUCCUGGCAUCAGAUGACAUGAACGUACCGGACGAGGAAACCGUGGUGACGGCGCUGCUCAGCUGGGUCCGCCACGACCCACCGACCCGCCAACCGCAGCUGCCUGCCCUCCUGGCUCAUGUGCGCUUGCCACUGCUCAAACCACAGUUUUUAGCAGACAUGGAGGCCAACCUGCUCCUGAGGGACAGCGUGGAGUGCCAGCGGUUGGUCAUGGAGGCGAUGAAGUACCAUCUGUUGCCAGAGCGACGGCCCCUUCUGCAGAGCCCGAGGACACGCCCCCGCAAGGCCACGGUGGGGGCGUUGUUUGCCGUGGGGGGCAUGGAUGCCACAAAAGGCGCCACUAGUAUCGAGCAGUACUGCCUGCGCAGGGACACGUGGCGGCAGGUGACAGUGAUGAGCGGACGACGGCUGCAGUUCGGCGUGGCCGUCAUUGACGAACGUCUGCACGUGGUGGGCGGCCGUGACGGCCUCAAGACCCUUAACACAGUGGAGUGCUACAACCCCCGCAGCAAGACCUGGAGCGUCAUGCCCCCCAUGGCCACGCACCGCCAUGGCCUGGGCGUAGCAGUGUUGGAAGGCCCCAUGUAUGCAGUUGGAGGUCAUGAUGGGUGGAGCUACCUGAGCACGGUGGAGCGCUGGGACCCUCAGGCCAGGCAGUGGAGUUUUGUCGCAUCUAUGGCAACGCCCCGAAGCACCGUUGGAGUUGCAAUCCUGAACAGCAAGCUGUACGCGGUGGGGGGGAGAGAUGGCAGCUCAUGCCUGAAGUCGGUCGAGUGUUUCGAUCCGCACACCAACAAAUGGAGCGCCUGCUCGCCCAUGUCCAAGCGCAGGGGGGGCGUCGGCGUGGCAACCUGGAAUGGCUUCCUGUACGCCAUCGGCGGGCACGACGCCCCCGCAUCGAGCCUCACCUCCCGACUUUCUGACUGCGUGGAGAGGUACGACCCCAAGACAGACACGUGGACGGCGGUUGCGCCGAUGAGCGUCAGCAGGGACGCAGUGGGCGUGUGUCUGCUGGGGGACCGCCUCUACGCAGUGGGCGGCUAUGACGGACAGGUGUACCUGAACAUAGUGGAGGCCUAUGACCCGCAGACCAAUGAGUGGACUCAGGUGGCGCCACUUUGCCUGGGCAGAGCCGGAGCCUGCGUGGUCGCCGUGAAGCUGUGAAGCUCCUCCCCCCGCCAACUGUCUCCAUGGCGAUCCUUGUUCCGUAUCCUCUUGCUCUCACCAGGGAGUGGAGGAGAUGGAAUGGCAUGACCAAGCAAACGAACACACACCCACACACACAGACAUUAACCUGGACGUUCAAACAGGGUUAACGGUUGGGUUCUAAGGUUUCUGUGAUUUUGUUUCUUUGACUCAUUGAAUGGAUGUCAGUCCACAGCCUGUCUUUCCGUUCGCUAACCGGAGUCCGUCCACCUACCUGCGUGUUUACAUGCCGUGCUAGUUGCUGUGCCUCUCGAGAUUCGCUUGUUUUCUUCUGCUGCUUACGUCUGUCUGCUCUCUUUCCUCUUCCCUCCACUCUUGAUCAUUUUCUCUGAGCUGGUUUUUUUUUUCCCUUCAUAUUCCCCCCCCCCCCCGUGCUGAGAGGAAGGCAAAAACCCAUGAAGACAUGGGGAUGGUGUUAAGUGUGGUGUGUUCCUGCAUUGCAGAGGAAAGUGUGAGAUCGGCGCAAGUGAAAGCGGAAUGCAAAGAACACCCAAACAUUUUAUUUGCUGAAAAUGAUCUGAAGUGAAGGACAGCAGCGAGGGCCGUGAUGUGUGUCCUUAGAGAGUGUGUGUGUGUGUGUGUGUGUGUGUGUCUCUGUGCCAUUGUUCGUAACACGAAACCCCCAAACCUUUUUGCGUUUCAUUUUCUUUUCUUAACAUUUUUAAGCCUAAGCAGGCUAUAUACAGCUUGUCUUAGUCGAGCUGCCAAUCAAAGGGUGGGACGUCCCUAGUGAGGAGUAAGGUCAAAUCAGUGGCAUGGCUGUCGCAUGCGCGUACGGGCUGGGAAUGCUAAUGCGCAGAGGGUCUGCUCACAGAAAAAGCCUCACAGCUCUUUCCCAUAUUCCCCGUAACGGAAUUGGCCACAAAAAUAAGGCUGGCCAGCUGAAAUCAUCAUGACAGGUCGCUGCACAGAGUGUGCACUUGGUCGUAUAGAGCCGGUCUCCGUUUUAGCCAUGCCCACCACUUGGGGAACACCAUUGUUACCAAAAAGGCAGCUGAAUACUGAGGUGGAAUUAUGUAGCAGUCUUUAAGUGUUUCCAAUUGCAACACUUUUGAACGAAAUAUGAUCAAAAACUACAUUUUUAGUGUUACGGGUGUGAGGAGGUAUAGAUACCUUUUUUUUGUGAGUUUGUCACUCCAAGUUCGGCAGUAUUUAAGUUAAAGGAACGGUCGCCAGCAUUUAAACCUCAAAACAUGUUUUAUGCAGUGUUCAGAGGCUGAAUUGAUUUUCGCAUAUUUUUUUGUCUAAUGCUUGAAUUCAAAGUUAUGGAUGGUGGCAAAAAUGACUUCUGCAAAGCAUAACUCCAGGGCAUGUUUGGUUUGUUUUGUUUUUUUCUUUUUUCUUUACAUUUAUUUUUUACAAAGAUGCCCUAAAACUAUCGUUAGCUUUUUUUUUUUUUUUUUUGCAGUCUUUAACGCUGGAGUGUCCUUUACUGCCCAUGUCAGAGUAACUGCAGUUCUCAGACUGCAGGUAAACAGUGCUGAAAUCCAAUUUUCUACCCAAGGGAGGUGUUUUUUUUGUUUUUUGUUUUUUUUUGUUCGUUCACAAUGUAAAAUGUGGCUUAUACCGAACAUUUUGAACCAAUCAGGCGCUUGAUCUGAUGCAUGUCACACACUCAUCCAGACGUAAACAAUUUAAAAAAAUGGUUGCAUCUACUAGUCCACACUAGUCUUAACACUCAUGUUAAUGUGCAGGGGAGCCAGGCUGCGAAUGUGGACACAAGAUCCAUAAAUCUUUUUGUGCUUCUCGCUGACACUGGCAUAUUCCUUCAAGGUCCAGUCUGUCCAGGUUAUCCUGAUGCACGUGACGUAGGGCUAGCUGAUUCAGCCUUGCUUCACUCGUCGAUAAUCUAAGCGGUGUUUUAACCCUCCUCCGGGCACUAGAACUCCUCUCAGCCUCUUCAGAAGGGGCAGGGACGACUGACCGAAGCUUUACUAAAGCUUCCACCUCCUUGAACAGACCUCUCAUCCUUCCCUUCGCUUCCCUGUCUGCUCUCUCUCUCUCUCUCUCUCUCUCUCUCUCGCGCACACACACACUCUCCCUGUCCAUCGGUGUCUCAAACUCUCUCGCCCUUGGGGAAAAAAAAAAAAAGGCUGAGACAGUGUGUUGUAUUAUCCGAUGUACAUAUGAGAAGCCAUGCUGGGAGGAAUAUCUUUAAAUUCAUAUUAGGAUGAGACUUGUGAGAUGUCAUUAUUUGGUCUUAACCAUCAAUAUUUGCUUGUUUUCUCACUCACCUGCCAGCAACCUCUCCCCCUCUGUCUUUACGCUGAAUGAACCUGAGUGGACAAGAAAUAUUAACAGUCAACAACUGGUAUUUCUUGCCAUGAGGCAAUACCAUUAUUGGCAAGUUCUUAUCUUGCUGGUAAUUAUGUCAGGAAACACUGACUCCACUCAUAUAGAACUCUUCUACACGUAUAUCACCCGAUUAGUAAUCAUUUUCUCACCUUUUUUUUCAUGAGGUUUCCCAAAAACUGCUGAAGGUCUUUGCCACCCGUUCUCUGGCUCAUGACAUACUGUGAAUGAAAGCCGACUAAUAAAAAUCUGCUUUCACUUUAAUCAAACAAACACUAAUAUGCCAUUUCUCAUAAGCAAGUACAGUUAUACAGGAUACUAUACCAGUAUGCAAUAAAUUAAAGCUGCUACUCUACAUGUUCAUCACUACAAUGACUUGACACUUUGCUGAGACUUCACGUGGGAUUUAUAACAAAUAUAACAGAAUAUUCCCGUGACCACUGUUGGACGAUGCAUGAAUGUGUGGCUAAUUAACGUUCCAGGUAACUUGGCUAUGAUACCUAACCUCAUAGCCUAUUGAUUUUUGAUUUAGCAUUCACAAAUUGGUCCAUUUCACCAAAUGUUUGUUUACACUUUUUCACUUAGUGACACGUUUUAGUAAAAUGUUCUCUCAUUUUCAGCCAACUAACAAAAUGAAAACAGAUUCUGACAUUAGCAUAAAUUUACCAAUGUCUAGUAACACGGGAAAUUAAUGGAUGGAAAGAUAGAAAGCGAGAAGGAGGAAGAGAAACUAAAUACUACAACACGCAGGAUGGCCAACGGCGAUCCUAAGUGCACAAGAGCAGACGAGAACAUGUGCAGCUCGCGAAGCGGACAUUGAGCCAUGAUUGAGCACGAGCCCUCGACUUAACAGACAGGUUUAAGCACUGGAACCAAAUCAUCUCGGCUGAGGUGGCACAGUUUGAAAAAUGGUUGACUUCACACCAAAACAGGUUACACAGAAUUGGUACAGGCCUAAACGUGGAUUUUUUGCUUACUUUAUCCUGUUUACAUUUUAUUCUUUUUCAGUUUUACAUGUUUGUGUCUACCUCUCCAAAAUGUAAACCUCCAGUCUGUCUAUGCACAUGCUAGUACAUUCCUGCAUUUGUGUGUGUGUGUGUGUGUGAGAGAGAGAGAGAGAGACACGCUUUUAUAUCCCAUGCUGGGUUGCAAGUACUGCUUAGAGACUGACAGGAACCAGACAUUCAGGGAAUUGAUUGGCAGAUUCAUAUCCCAAGAUGGCAUUUAAUUUGUCAGCUGAAAGACAGAGCAGAAAUGAGUGCCGUAAGCUCCAGGCAAGUAGAUAUUAGAGAAAUUAGAACAGCUUUAAAGAAACAUGCAUGGGGGGUGGUGCAUACCAUAUGCUGUAACGUGUCCCCGCAUAAUGUAUAUACGUAUAUAAAUGGGUGCGUGUAUAUAUUUUUGUACAGUCUUGCAAAAAUCAUGCAGACAUUGUAUAAUGCAUUUUGCUGUUCUUGCAGGACAACCUUAUUCUGAGGUUAAGUAUUUUGGUUUUGUAGGAGGAUGAACUGUCUUAGGUGAUGGAGUACAAUAGAAAUAGAAGAUAGCAGUGCCAUUUUUUUUAGCUAAAGCUACAGUUCAUGAUCAUGUUUUUGAUGCUCAGAGCUGUUCAUGUCCAUGUGCUUUAUCACCUGGUCUAGCCCAAUGAGAUUUCGAGUGUCACCUUGAAUAAUUGCUUCUCUUUGCUGUGGUACCAUGGCUGUGAAAGUUUUGUCUCAGAUAUGCUGUGUGCAUACUGCCUGCUUCAGGGUGAUGGGAGAAUUGAUUAUGAAGUGGUCGAGGGCAACACGGCAGGCGAGUCGUUUUAAUUUUGUAUACACAAUGUGCAGGACUGACUGAUCAGUUAAUAUUAAGUUUUACACAAGUGGUAGAUUGUCAUUUAACUUGAUCAUUUACCAUUAUUGGGGCUAUGAACUGUCCUAUACAUUUUUUUUUUUUCCACUUAGCUGUCAACGGUGUGUGUGUAUGUGUGUACAAGUUCAUUGCUGUGGGUACAAAGCACAUGCUAUGUUGUGGUGUUUUGGGAGGAUGCUAGUUCUUGUGUUUUGUAUUGUUGCUGUCCUCCUGUAACUUUCCUUGCUUUACUUUCAAUAGGUCUCAAGUUAGUGUACUGAUAAGUUAUAACUACAGUUUUGUAUUAAAAUGUAAUUAUUCUGCCUGUGUGAGCGCAUGCAAUAAACUAUGCUCUGAUUUUUAAA